AUGGAUCCAGAGCCAGAGGCUGACCCUGAUGCUGAGUCUCGACCUAGGAGCGACGCUGAGCCCAGGGACAGCAACCAGCAACAGCAGCAGCAGCAGCAGCAUGCUGCCACUGACACCAUCCCAGCAGCCACCCCCACGUCUCCCUCCCCGGACGGUGACGGUGACGACGACGAAGACGCGCCCGACCUGGAGUGCGCCAUCUGCUUCAGCGAGUUCAACAACGUCUUCCGCACGCCCAAGGUGCUGAGCUGCCGGCACACCUUCUGCCUGGAGUGCCUGGCGCGCAUGAACAUCAAGUCGGCGCAGCCCGACUCCAUCCAGUGCCCGCUGUGCCGCGGCUUCACCCCGCUGCCCAGCCUGGGGCUGCCCAAGCUGGCCAACGACUCCACCGUGCUCUCCUACCUCCCCGCCGCCAUGCAGCGUGUCUACAGCAUCCGCUUCAGCCGCAGCAAGGGGCGCCUGCAGGUCAAGCGGCCCGCCGAGAUCGACCCGGCCCUGGCCGCCGCCAGCAACACCGUCAGCCACUCCCUGGACGUGGGCCAGCCCUCGGGGAGCGGCGGCGGGGGGAGGAGGGGGCGGGGUGGUGGUGGUGGUGGUGCUGGUGGCGGCGGCGGAGGGGCAGGGGGCCAGAGGAGCGGGCUGCUGGGGAGGCUGCAGAGGGUGAUGCAGCAGCCGGCGUGCAGGGUGUUCAUCAUGAUCGUCACCGUGCUCAUCAUGGUCAUGCUGACGGUGCUGGUCAUCUUCCUGCUGGCUAUGAGGAACGGAGAGGGCUAG